UGUCCGAAACACUCACCUGGCUGGUAAUUGGAAUGUCCACAUGAGGCUGUUGAAAUUUCUGCUCCGUUAUUUCCCACCAGGUCUUGCGCUGGAAUACACGCAAGGAGGUGACAUCAAGACGAAAAUGAUCGAUCUACUGGAUUUGUCCGCCGAAACGGACAUAAGAGCAUUAGCGGAGAGCAUAAAAGCGGCCGAACCUGUAAUAACCGAAAGUGUAAUGGACCAGUUAGUCGAGACCCUGCAAAAGCUACAGGCUAAAAUUUGCGACACAAACGCCAAGCGCUACUAUAAAUACAAAACCUUGCAGACCCAUCUUUUGCCGGUUACUAACGUAGCGCUCGAUAAACUAGGUAAAAGAUGCUUGACGGGUAGCUAUGACCGGACUUGUAAAGUUUGGAACAUUGACAGUGGAGCGGAGCUUCUUACUCUCGAAGGCCAUAAGAACGUGGUCUACGCCGUCUCCUUCAACAAUCCGACUUCGGACAAAAUCGUAACGGCGUCCUUCGACAAAACCGCGAAGGUCUGGUGCUCGCAGACGGGUCACUGCCUAGCGACCAUGUGGGGCCACGAGGCGGAGGUGGUGGUGGCGAAAUUUUCACCGACGCGAUGCAAGCUCGCGACCGGCUCCAUCGACGCGACGUCGAAAAUAUUCCACGUGGAGACCGGUCAGGAGCUGGGUACGCUGAGGGGCCACACGGCGGAAGUUAUUGCGCUGCAUUACAACGACGAUGGAAAUCAGAUCAUAUCGGGUUCCUUCGACGGGACCGUGAACAUCUGGGAUACAAGAAUUUUCGCACGUACGAGCGCGCUAAUCGGGCAUCGCGCGGAAUUGUCCAACUGCCUGUACAGUUUCGACUGUUCGCUGAUCGCGACGUCCUCGAUGGACAAGAGCGCGAAAGUGUGGGACACCAGGACGAACUCCUGCGCGGCUACUCUAUUGGGGCACGACGACGAAGUUCUGGAUCUCGCUUUUGACAACAACGGCAGGAAGCUGGCGACGGCCAGCGGCGACUGCACCGCGCGUGUCUGGGACAUAAGCGGCAACUUCCAACAGCUGGCCCUGAUGCAGGGCCACCGGGAGGAAGUCUCGAAAGUGUGCUUCAGCCCGAACGGGAGUCAACUGCUAACCGCCUCCUUGGAUAGAACGGCCAGACUGUGGUCCACGGACGACGGCAGCUGUCUCCAACAACUGAGGGGUCACACCGAUGACGUGUUCACCUGUGCAUUUUCCUACACCGGCGACAGCAUAAUCACCGCCAGCAAAGACAACACUUGCACGGUCUGGAGAUGACUGGACUGGUUCCAGGUUAUCGAAUAAGGGCGUAAGGCGAUCGGCUCGGUUCUUCGACGAGCGGAACAGGCGGCGAGCGCGCAAGUGAUUUUACGUUCCAUGAUUCCAUCGAACAGCGAUAUGCGUGUGACGAUUCUGAUUGACAUCGGCGGAGAUACAUCGGUGUUAAUCGCGCGUUCAUCGUGCAAUGAAUAUUUACUUAUGCGAGCGUUAUGCGAGCACGGGCUGUUGCCGAGUCAUGGAUAUGCUUAUUAAAAAGCAUGAGAAGCUAAUAUAAGCGCCAUUUACACUUAUCAACGCAGAUAAUGAGUAAAUGAAGAGUAACCACGGUAACAGCAAUAGCCACAGCAUGUAUUUCCGCUUUGAACAUUGACAAAUCGAUAACAUUGUCAGACAAGCGUCGCUCUGGAUGUUCUCGUUCAAUAUUAAUUAUCUGCGACCGAUUUAAUCAAUGUGUGUGCGCACGCUAGAAAUGGGCGAUACGAUCCGAAUGUAUCGAUACAUCGUACACACCGUGAAUGAAAAUAUCGAUACGCAAAAUGUAUCGUACGCUUUGUAUCCGUAUCAUCAGUAUCGAUACUUGAAUUGCAUUAAAAUAUUGGAUUAAAAGCAAGGAAAGUUAUCUUUGAUAAAUAACGUCGUUACCAAGUCGUUACUGAAGAUAUUACUGUUAACUUGUAACAGUAAUAUCGUAAUGCAU